GAUGACCUCCCUUUUAUCGUUAAUUAGCCAUACCGUACUAUCACAUGAUCAUUAUUGAACAAGAUGUCCCACUCAGCAGUGAAAGGAAAAUUAAUCGCUGUCAUCGGCGAUGAGGACACUUGUACGGGUUUCUUAUUAGGAGGUAUAGGUGAAUUGAACAAAAAGAGGGAACCAAAUUUCCUUGUUGUCGACAAAAAUACCAGCAGACAUGACAUUGAGGAAGCUUUCCGAGGAUUUCUGAAGAGAGACGACAUUGCCAUUAUUCUGAUUAAUCAGACAAUUGCAGAGGAAAUCCGGUAUGUUAUUGAUUCCCAUGAUCAGCCAAUUCCAGCUGUACUAGAAAUCCCCAGCAAAGAUUCACCAUACGAUUCUAGUAAAGAUUCCAUUCUACGACGUGCCAAGGGCAUGUUUUCUGCUGAGGACAUGAGAUGAAGAUUGUGAGCUAUAGAGUAACUGUGGUUAAUAUAUGUAUAUAUCUGUAGUGUAUUUACUCGGAGUCUGGAUGCACCAUUACUACUGAAUGGCAAUAUCAGCAAAUCAUUCAAGUCUGUUUGUGAUGAAUUUUGAACAUUCCAUUGAAAUUAUGAUAAGUUCAGAUGUGCAGUCAAUGAAACCUGGAAAAUGAUUGUAUCUUGGACAACUUAGAGAGUAAAAAUCUAUGGGUAAAUGUUUUAUUUAUAUUCAAAUUAUUGGUAAUAUCUAGUCAUUAGAUGCUACAUGUUUUAAAAGAAAGAAUAUGAAGACCA